AGCGUCGGGAAGGGAACAUCGGCCCGCGGGCCCCGGCGCUGAGGUGGCCCCUCCCCGCCUCCAGGGGGCGCCGCCGCCGGCGCCGCCAAGGGCGCAGCGGCCUCCGGGCGCGGCCUUCCCGUUUCCCGUCGCUGUCACCCGCUCCCGGUUCCCGGCCCCUCCGCUCCCGCUGCCCGGCUCCUCCGCCGCCGCUCUCCCCGCCCUCAGCCAUGCUGACCUCCCGAGGCCCGGCCCUGUGCACCGCGCUGCGGCGGGCAGCGCCCGGCGGCCUCGCUUCCUUGCACUGCUCCGCUCGACGCUGCCGCGCCGCCCGCGUCGCUGUGGUCCUGUCUGGCUGUGGUGUCUACGAUGGCACAGAAAUCCAUGAGGCAUCAGCUGUCCUGGUACAUCUGAGCCGUGGGGGAGCUGAGGUUCACAUGUAUGCUCCAGAUGUCCCUCAGAUGCAUGUCAUUGACCACAGUAAAGGGCAACCAGCUGAAGCUGAGUCAAGGAAUGUUUUAGUGGAAUCUGCAAGAAUUGCUCGUGGUAAAAUUACAAGCCUGGCUAAGCUCUCUACAGCAGACCAUGAUGCUGUGAUAUUCCCUGGUGGAUUCGGAGCUGCCAAAAACUUAUCUACCUUUGCCGUUGAUGGGAAGGAUUGCAAGGUGAACAGAGAAGUUGAGCGAGUCCUGAAAGAUUUCCAUAAAGCAGGCAAACCUAUUGGCCUGUGCUGCAUUUCCCCAGUGCUGGCAGCAAAGGUGCUCUCUGGUGCUGAGGUAACUGUGGGCCACGAAGAAGAGGAAGGGGGCAAGUGGCCUUAUGCUGGGACUGCAGGAGCCAUCAAAGAGCUGGGAGCAAAGCACUGUGUGAAAGAAGUAACCGAAGCUCAUGUGGAUACAAAAAAUAAGGUGGUGACCACCCCAGCAUUUAUGUGUGAAACAGCAUUACACCACAUCUUCGAUGGCAUUGGGGCAAUGGUAAAGAAUGUGCUAAAAUUAACUGGCAAAUAAAAUCAGGUGUGUCUAAAUUUAGGGCGUAGUAUCAAACAUAUCAUGGACCAAUGGAGACAUUUGCACCUGCUAGUCCUGUUCACACUCUAGUGAAUGCUGAUGCAAAGCUGAUUGAUUCCCAGCUGCAGGAUUUUCUGUGCCUUUUUGAGAGGGGGGCAUUACACAGGGCAAGGAGCCUGGUCUGAGACACAGAGCAUCUUCUUGAGCUUUUCCAUCUGUAGAGAGCAGUCUGGAUGUGUUCUGAAACAAAUCUUCCAACACACCAAUGUCAAACCAGUUCCAAGGGAGAAAAAGAGACUCAAGGCCCUUUCAGAAGCUGAGGGCAGAUGUGUUGUAGGGAUUUGGCACAUGGCAGCAUAUCUAGUGGAUGGAGAAUGGGAGUAGAAAGGAAUGAAUGCACAGUUCCAGGUGUAUGUGCUCAGGCCUGUGUCUGGGAACUAAAAGCCAGGAUCAGCUGCUGAGGAAAAAGACAUCUUCCACACCUUCGUCUAGCUCUGUGUUAAUGAAAAGAUUUUUUUUUUUUUGUUUCUAUUUGAAAGAACCCUGUUUUCACAAAGUCAGUCUGAGCACCAGUCAGCAGCAGGACACAACUGCCACAACAGUAGCACUUUGAAAAACUCAUCCAUUGGCCCAUUAUAGUUUUAAAAGGUCUUGAAAUGAAGAAGAAAAUACUGCUGAUGUGACGCACAACUCUUAAGGACAGCAGCAUCCCUGUUAAAGCAGUUGUAUGACAAGUAGUGAAUGGAAAAAACUAUCUCAAAUUAUCCUAACUUCCCCUGCUUUAGGGUAAUAAAGCUUUCUCCAAAGAAGUAUUAUUGAAUAUCUGGAAUAAUGAUGUAUAAAUAAAUAAAUUUCUGCCUUUUAUCUCA